GUUUCCAAGCGCCACUGUCCCAUCGCUUGCGCACUUCUCGCUCUGCCGGCGGCGCCUCUACGUUUUUGCGCCGUGCUCGCGCCCGAAAACCUCGCGGACGCGCGCACGUUUUUUUGACGCCAUUACCCCUCGCAAAGAGCGGCCUGAGAAUCAGGCAGUGUAAAAUGGCUGCCUCUUCCUCCUCAUCUUCGGCUGGUGGAGUUAGCGGAAGCUCUGUAACUGGAUCCGGAUUCAGCGUUUCAGACCUUGCCACACCACGGAAAGCUCUCUUCACCUACCCCAAAGGGGCUGGUGAAAUGUUAGAAGAUGGCUCAGAACGAUUCCUUUGUGAAUCAGUUUUCAGCUACCAAGUUGCAUCCACACUAAAGCAAGUGAAACAUGAUCAGCAGGUUGCUCGGAUGGAAAAACUUGCUGGUUUGGUUGAAGAACUAGAGGCAGAUGAAUGGAGGUACAAGCCAAUAGAACAACUGCUGGGGUUCACUCCUUCAUUGGGUUGAAAGUUCAACAUCUGUUGGUUUGGAAAGACAAAGUACCUGCAGAACUCUGAUGUAAAACAUUUGGUUGUUCUACAUUGCAUUAGUCUAUGUAAUAAAAGAACGAUCCAUUUCUGAUGUCUCAGAUCUAGUAAAAGAUGGCCACAGAACAGUUUUUAAAAGUUCUUCCCAAUUUUCCAGCAACUUGUUUUAGGAGGGUGUAAUUUCUGUAAGGAAAUAUAAUCAGUUUCCACAGAAGAAACUGUUUGCUUAAAAGGGAAGGGGUGGCUAUAAAAGCUUACAGCCCUUUACACUGACCUUGCAGCAUAUAUGCUGACAGCUAGCUGUGUAAUAGGACCCUUGUUACUGUUCAUGUUAAACUCCUGGAGGGCAGAGUAAAAGAAAGGUAAUAAGGCUUUGGCCAUAAGCUGUUCCUUUGAAGAUGAAUGGGGCAAAACAGUAGGAUAGGCAGAAGAAUGUUAACAGUUUCCUGUAGUUAGAUAUUCUGUUUUUUGCUGAAUCUGUAUUUUCUCAGCUGUCCUUUUUUCAAAUGUAUGUGGAACUAUUAGCAGCAGAGGGUGACUGCUAUUAAAGACAGCAUGAAUCUCUGUUAAAGAGGCAUUGGCUGUCAUUUCUGUUUGUUCCAAUGAAUUUGAACUGUUUGUUUGCCAAAUAAAUUAUUGCACUUA